UACCAGCUAUUUGUCUAUUUCCCCCUUUUUUUCACUCAAUUAAUCCCAUUUUUCUUGACCUUGAAUUUUUUGUAAAAUCCUCUUGGAAGUUGCUGGCAGAAGAGAAAAGAAUUUAAAAAUAGAUCAAGUUAAAAAGAAUAAAAAAAUACAUAUAAGGUAUAGACUAAAAAAAUAAUUUUUUGUGUGAGCAUGUAGUGGGUGGGUGCGAGAACAAUAGGUGGAAUAAAAAAAUUUUUGAGGAAAGAAUGUUGGUAGGAAAAGGUUUAAAAGUAAUUAGUAUAAUGGUCCCAACCUGUAGACAAGAAUGGGACAAGCUUAGAAAAAAUAGGGAGGGAUUGCAAAAAUUUCCUCUGGAUCGAGUUUCGGGUAACCUAACCCAUCCCUGUUGUAGAAGGGCAAUUUCCGGUGGAAAAUUGAGGAGAAUUCGAGUUCGAUCUCACUUUAUUUUUGGGAAGGAUUUUGUCUCGGCCACCAAAAACUACUCAAAACCGAUCCAAUAA